AUGUCUACAAUGAAGACAGAGGGACAAGAACUUGCAGGCCUUUUGAAAUUUCUCUCAAGACUUGGAAUGGAGGAGUUUUAUGCUAACAAGCUCACUCUUCGGUCUCUUUUGGAGAUUGACGAGCACAGCAUUUACGAAAAGAAAAGCGAAGUUGUUAAAUCAGUGGAGGACAUACCAUGUUGUUUUCUUAGAAAACUAUUUAAAGUCAACGCUGAAUGCAGGAACUUUACACAAUUAUCAAACGAUCAGGAGGAAAACAAUGAUCUCUUUAGCCUCGACCUUUACACUUCUGAUGACUCUGCUGAGCACAAGAUUAACCCUCUUGACCUCAUAGUUGCAGUCUUCCUUUGUGCUGACAGCUUCUUGCAACAGGAAAUGGCCCUCAAGAUGUCAAUGUGUCAGUUUCCUGUCCCACUGCUGUUGCCCCACUGCAAUAAGAGUCAGAGUACCCUGAUGCUGUGGGCUCUGAGAGACAUCGUCAAAGAGUGGCGUCCACAUGAAUUGUCUCAAUCAAGAGGGUUUGUUGAAGACAACAUCGUCCAAGCAAAUAUACCAUUUUAUUCCUUUGUGAGGCUGAAAAACUGCAGUUUGUCCAAGUCCCAGGUUUUGAAUCAUGUCCUCAGCAGUGGCCAGCAGCAUCACAACAUGUUCAUACACAGAGAUAUGGAAGUGGGAACACAUGACAGGAAAAUUGCCAAUGGUAUGGUGGAGGUUUACUGGUACCUUCCCUGUGGCAGAGAAAAUCUUGACAUAUUUCCAGAGCCAGUUGCCUUUGCCAAUCUGAGAGGAGACAUUUCUGAGUCUCUCACACAGUUCACUUUUCUUUUUCAAGUGUCAACUGCUACCUUUGUAUUCCUGGACAAAGUUGAAGAAAAUGAGCACAAGAUUCUGACUUCUCUUCAAGAUGUGAAAUCCAAACUGUUCUUUGUUGUUAACCGCAAGGAGGGGAAUACUGAAGAAGAUAUGAUGUCUGUCAAGAAAACAGUGGAAGAACUACAUUUACCAAACAGCAGUGUGAAAAUAAAAGACUCAAGGGUAAAUGUAGCAAAGUUUUCAAAGAAACUUUGUGGAGCCAUCAAGGAAUCAUUGACAGUUGGAACAACCACAAUAAGCAUUGAAAAGAUGCUUGACAAAGCUGUUGAACAUAAACUGUCUGCGGAUGAAAGCACAAGUGAUGACCAAAAGAAGGCAGCUGAGGAGAUUGUGAAAGGAAUUGGGGUGCGGAGUAUACCAGACUACAAGAACCAACAACUUCCUUUACAAGGUGCUAGCUGGAAAAGGUUAUCCCAGUUAGAAAUGGAAGAAUGUAGGUUAAUAAAAGCUGGUGAUCUGGGACUGGAAGAAUAUAAAUCUCAGCUACAAGCAGAAAAACAACAGAUUAAGGUGGAGCUCGGCAAACACAAACUAUCUGAAGCUAUGAAGAGUUUUACAGAAGCAUUGUCCACAAGUGACAAACAGAAAAGAGAUUUCUUCCUGAAGUGGAUGAAUCUUAAGCUGAAUUCAAUUUCGCGAUCUGUCAUACAACCAUCUUUACUUCGUCUUAAAUUGACAGAGCACAGCAAAGAAACAAAGAAAGAUGUGAAAGAGAUUGCAGAGCUGGAUCAGGCUUUGCUGGAGAGCUCUUUAGGAAUAGAGCAUUACAUGAGAGAGAUGGGACUGAUCUAUGAGGUUUCCCUGCAGUCACAAGACACUGCUGAUAAAAUGUCUCAUCUCCCUGGUUUGGCUGCUGAAAUGCUGUUGGAUGGAUAUCCUUUAGAGCUCUUGGAUGGAGAUGCUUCCAACGUCCCAGAGAGAUGGGUGACGGACGUCCUGAUGGAGCUUCACAAGAAGGUUGGAGAGAAGAGCAGACUGUUGGUGCUGACGGUGUUGGGUGUUCAAAGCACCGGGAAGUCAACACUCCUCAACAUCAUGUUUGGUGUGCAGUUCCCUGUCAGCAGUGGCAGAUGCACUAGAGGAGCUUUCAUGCUCUUCCUCAGAGUGGGUGAAGAUAUGCAAUGCAAGCUGAACUGUGACUUCAUAGUACUCAUUGACACAGAAGGUCUGAAGUCUCCUCUUUUGGCACAACUAGAAGACAGUUAUGAGCAUGACAACCAGCUGGCUACCUUUGUCAUUGGCUUGAGUGACAUCACCAUUAUCAACAUCUCAAUGGAGAGCACAACAGAAAUGAAAGAUGUCCUGCAAAUUGCAACUCAUGCGUUCUUGAGAAUGAAGGAAAUUGGUAAAAAGCCAGUUUGUCAUUUUGUGCACCAGAAUGUUGCUGGAGUCUCAGCUCAUGCAAAGAUGAAGACCGAAAGAAAAUAUUUUUUGGACCAACUCAAUGAAAUGACUCAAAUUGCAGCAGAAAUGGAAAAGCAGCCUUCCAUAAAGGCUUUCACAGAUGUGCUGGACUAUGACAUGGACAAAAACAACUGGAACAUCCCAGGACUCUGGCAUGGGACCCCACCAAUGGCACCAGUGAACACAGGUUACAGUGAAGCUGUAGCAGAUUUCAAGAAAAACCUUUUGGAGACAGUGACAAGAGACAGAAGUGAUGAAGUCUCACAGAUCCCAGAGUUUCUCUCAUGGAUGAAAAGUCUCUGGAAAGCAGUCAAAUAUGAGAACUUCAUCUUCAGUUUCAGAAACACUCUUGUGGCUCAUGCCUAUGACAACCUUUGCAGAGAGUUCAUUGAAUGGGAAUGGGAGUUCAGAAAAGAGAUUCUCUCCUGGCAGACAGCAGCAGAGUUGGAAAUCUCAAAUUUUGACAAUGAAUCUGAGCUUCAUCAUGUGAAAAAAUUGGUUGAUUCAAAAAGAUCACAGGUGAAGGAAAAACUAAAAGACCUACAAAAAAUAAUGCAGAGGAGACUUCAAGAAUACUACAAAAGAAAAGACAGACAUGUGAAUCUGAUAGAAAAAUACAAAACUGACUUUGCUAACCAGAUCAGUGGUCUUGUAAAUGAAAUCCAACGUUCAGUUAAUGAUAACUUGGAUUGUGCACUUGUGCUCAGAAAAAGUUCAAAAGAGGCUCAAGACAUUCAAAGAAAACACAGAGGAAUGAUUGAAGAACAAGUUAUGAAACUCUUGAGUGACUGCAAACAAAGCUCACCGUCUGACAAGGAACUGGAAGAUGAGUUUGAAAAGAUGUGGGAGGAAGUCACUGUAAAUGUUUCUGGCCUGAAAGAACAAAACAUAUCAGAAAAAAUCCUCAAACAGCUCAGAGCAAGUUUCUUAAAUCGUAAUGUCAACGAGGAUUUACAGAAAAUCAGAAACCUGAAGGAAAUAGCCACGGGUCAUUUUAAGGCCAAAAAUGAACACAUGAAAAAUAAAAAAGUCUGGAUCUGGAAUGCAGAUGUAAAGAGAGAAUUGCAGAGCUUUGCAGACAGUGUCAUUGAGUCCUGUACACGAUUUGUACAAGAUAUUACAAAAACAGACAGAGAUUACAAUGAUUCUUUUACAAAGGAGCUUCUGGAAAAAGUAGAUGAAUCCCUCAAACAAAUCUCCAAACAUUGCAAGCCCAAGUUUGAGAUUGACCUGAAACUUCACAUCUGUAGCAUUGCCUCAAGAGAGUUCCUUCAAAUGCACAGAAGAUUCUUGUCAGCUAGGGAUCCCAAAAUUCAGCUGGAGAAGUGCAAGAAUCAGUACUUGUCAGACUUUAUUGAUUUAUACAAAGAGAGAGACGACUGCCAACGCAAAGCAGCUGAUUUUGUCAGACUUUGUAUCAAACCUGCUGUUGAAGAGUACAUCAAUAGAUCUCUGGGGAUUAACAUUGUGGAUGAGAUUCUGACCAGUUGUCAUUCAGCAGAGUUCAGUUCCCGCUCCUUUUUCCAGUACAACAUUCAGAAAGAGUUACUGCAAAUGGAAGACUUUGAAAGUUUCAUCAAGUACAUUACUAACUAUGAAAUAUACGUUAAGGACCGGAUAUUUCAACACAUCCUGCAAAAGAUGUCUGAAGACAAAACUUUGAUCAAACUGAAAAAUGAGAAUCUGCAGAUCAUUGUGAAAAAAAUAACAGAAGCAACAGAACAGGCCUCAAAAGGAGAGGAUGGUGCUCUGCUGCCAGAUGACAAGGAGAGCAUCACAAAGCUCAUCAGCAACAUGCGCAAAUGUUUGAUCAAAGACAUUUCAAUUUCAGUGGAGGAUGAAAAAACCGCCCUGUUUCAAAUCCAAAGCACAUGCCAUCAGUUUACAAAGAGCCUCACUGAAUCAUUGAGUGAACUGGAGGAACAACUGCAGGAGGAAUUCUCAAACUCUGAAGAUAUGACUAAAACUCUGAACAAAGUUACAAUCAAACCACAAGAUGAGCUUUUCAAGCGGGUGUUUGGCUGUGGACAACAAUGUCCAUUUUGUAAAGUUCCUUGUGAGGCUGGAGGCAAAGACCACAAGAAACAUCAUGCAGCUGUUCAUCGGCCACAAGGUCUUCGUAGAUGUAGGAUUAGAACAACUGAGAAGCUGGUUGAAACACUGUGUACAACAGAUGUGCAGAGUGAACUUAGAUUCAGCAACACAGACACUAACUGGGAGUACCAUCCUUACAAGGACUACACCACCUACUAUCCAGACUGGAUCAUUCCUCCUGACCCCAGCAUAGAGGCAUCUGACUACUGGAAAUAUGUCCUGGUUCAAUACAAUGACAGAUUUGCUCAAGAAUACAAAGCAAAGCCAGCUGAUGUUCCAGAGGCCUGGAGGAGAAUCACAAAGGAACAAGCACUGAAGGGAUUAGAGGACGCCUUCAACAUGAAGUGAACAACAUACAAUCCUGACAAGUUAAGUUUAAACAACACAAUGUUUAAUACUGGAAGAAUUUAUAAUUAACAAAAGAACAAAGAAGAGCAACAGGAAACAAGAACUGAACACGUUAGGGCAUUCAGCAGAACAAUCAGUCAAAUAUUAGAUGGAUCAAUAUCAUUUGAAAAUGAUCAACUUGUCUGCAGCAUUAUCUUUACUUAUGAAAGUAGAAGUCUUGUAUAAUUCAGUAUAAUGACAAAAUACUCAAAUGUUAUGGAACACAUGACAGACUACAAUAUUUUCUGUUUUAUUGUAUUGUAUUAUAUUUAUGUUGAUUUGUUAAUUCAACUG